AUGGUGGUUGAUCUGCAACCCCAUCCACGGGUCUCCGUCUGGGAUCUCCACUCCGUUGCCAAGCACGUGGAGCCCUUCGAUAUCCUUCCCGUUGAUCCGCUUUCCAAGUCACCUCACCACCUCACCGGCACGCUCCGGUCCCCUUCCCAGCUCACACCUGACUCCACUUGGGCUUCACCCAUCGGCAAGGGCGCCGAAGGCCCGUGCGGCCGGGGUUUAAACACAUCCCCCUUACAGAUUGUCACUACCAUCGACUUGGAUUCGCCUCCAAUUUUCUCCGAUCUGGAUUCAAUCCCAUCCAAAUUCAUGCGGAACGUGAAUCUUCACCAUCGCCCGCAAUUGACCCUCUCGCGGAGUGAUGGAGCGGCAAAACAGUCGGCGUCGGAGGGUCCCCGGACGCAGGAACCAGCCUCCAAGGAGCCCGUCGCACCACAUCAACCAACCCGUUCAGUGCGGACAUGGUUCCUGACGGGGUCCCUCCUCGCGUGUCUAUGGAUGAUGGCAGUGUAUAUCUAUCAUCCUACUAUCCAUCUCCCCUGGUCCGACUGGAUUGAGCCGCUGCAAACACGCCCUUCCCAGGAUCUAUCGGCAACAGAUCACCCCCGCAUAAAGCUUCACCCUGAAGAUCAUGUAUAUCGUCCGCCAGUCACACAGCAUUUCAAUUGGCGCAUCACCUCGGGUCUGCGCAGGCCCGAUGGUGUCUUGAAACAGAUUUAUCUGAUCAAUGAUCUCUUCCCUGGUCCCACUAUCGAGGCCCGCUCUGGGGAUACGCUGCUCAUAACCGUUACCAAUGCGGUAGAGGAAGAAUCAAUUGCCCUGCAUUGGCAUGGCAUCCAUGUUACCAAUGCUAUGGAUGGCGCCGCCGGGGUUUCACAAUGCCCCAUAGCGCCCGGGGCGCAAUUUAUCUACAAUGUCACUAUUCCCGCCGAUCAGAGUGGUACCUAUUGGUACCAUGCUCAUUCGGGUGUCUCUCGCGGAGACGGUCUCUACGGCGGAUUGGUCGUUCAUGCCCCGGUGGCCAAGAGUACCGUACGAGGAUUGAUGUCGCGUGCUCGGAGUGAUGCGCAGAAAUUCAGUUACGAAAAGGAGCUUCUCCUUCUUAUUGGAGACUGGUAUCAUCGGCCGGCGAAAGAUGUCCUGGCUUGGUACAAACUUCCUGGAAAUUUUGCAAAUGAGCCGGUGCCGGACUCCUUGCUGGUCAAUGGAGUGGGCCACUUUGAAUGCUCCAUGGCUGUUCCUGCUCGACCUGUCGAUUGUAUUGAGCAGUUGGCCAACACGUCAUUCCUGGACCUUGAUCCGAAUACAGUCUAUCGAAUUCGUGUCGUAAACACUGGAGCUCUGGCAGGGUUGUCACUAGUAUUUGAUCAAGAGAAUAUAGACCUCAUUCAGGUUGACAGCAUUGACGUCAAGCGCUCCCAGCAGGAAAACGUCAACUCUGUGGGCAUCUUGUACCCAGGUCAGCGCAUGGACUUUGUUCUCCGUACUUCAUCUACGGCGCAAUCACCAUCUUCCAUGAUGGUACAACUGGACCAAGGAUGCUUCAAGUACAUGAAUCCCGCACUCACACCAGACCAAACCUUCCCCAUCCAUUACCGCUCUGGAUCUAUCUCUGGCUCCGUGGAAACUCCAACACCACAAGUACGAAAUCACAUCAACCUCGACGAAGUACCCUCCUCCCCCUCAAUCCUACAGAGCCUACCUCUGAAGGCCCAACAGACGCACGUCGUCUACACCAAAAUCCAGAAAAUGGCCCGUAACCACAACAUCCCCGAAGGCUACUUCAACCAGACCACCUGGAAACCUCAGAGCGAUCCACCAGCACCAUUAAUCAGUCUUCCGCGAGAGCGCUGGGAUACCAACCAGUUGGCCCUCUCGACUGGCCCUGAGGCAGCAUGGGUAGACCUCGUCGUAAACAAUCUAGACGAGGGCCCUCACCCCUUCCACCUCCACGGCCACCACUUCUACAUCCUCGCCGUCCAAGAAUCCACCUACGGCUGGGGCUCUUACAACCCCUUCACAGACCCCUACCCACCAGGCCUCGAACCACCAGAAUCCACCCCCGAAACAGAACCCCCAAAUCCAGAAGACCCCACCUUCCAGCCCUACGAUCUCUCUAGCGCCGCCCUCCGCGAUACAGUCCAGAUCCCCAGUCGUGGGUACGCGGUGCUCCGCUUCCGCGCUGAUAAUCCCGGGGUGUGGCUGUUCCAUUGUCAUAUUUUGUGGCAUUUUGCGACGGGCAUGGCCAUGCUGGUUGAUGUUAUGGGGGAUCCCGCGGGCCGGGUUGCGCAUGAUGUGUCUAUGUUGGCUGCUGGGGGACUGUGUCCGAUUUAG